AUGCACCAAAGCUGCCUGGAGCAGGAGUACUGGCAGCCUCAAUUCUCCGCCGACGGCUAUGGGAGCUGCUUCACCAAGAAGGCUCAGAACUGUAGCCAUGUCUCCGACUCGCUGGAGGGCUGCCUCCUCGUGUACAAGGAGGAGGCCCUGGAGUUGCUGGAGAUCCGGGAGCUGCCGCUUCGCGAUCUUUUCAGGUACAACUCCCUAGUCUUCACUGGUCCACUUUCAACGUGA